AUGACACUCAGUGGCGGCACUUUACAUUUUCUGACAGAUGCGGCUGCCGAGGUCUUUGGCAAGCGCGAUCUUGGGCAGCCGCAUCAGCCCGAAACCGGAUCUUUCUCUGAGCUGCAGGCAGCCUGUGACUGUUUACACAGUGCCCGCAGCUCAGAGAAAGAUCCAGGUUUUAAGCAGAUGCAGCUGUCCGAGAUCGCGCUUGCAGAGGACUUUGGCAGCAGCAUCUGUGAUUGCCCCUCCUCCUCCGGCUCCCUGACACCAUGUUGCCCGCCUGUGGAACCCUGGUAUAUGAAUUUAUACAUGAAGGACACGUAUAUUCGUUGUAUGUCAGAGAUGCUGGAAUUUGCAGUUCAGAUGACAUGUGGAAAGUGUGUUGAUGCAGUAAAGAGCUCCUUACAUAGUGUUAAAGGUGUACAUAACGUCGCUGUCAAUUUGGAGUCAAAGUCUGUUCUAGUUGAUACAAUAUUACCAGCACUAGAAGUGCAGAACCUGAUUGAGAAUUCAGGAAGGAGGGCAGUGCUGAAAGGAAUAGGCAGCAUUAAAUCGGAGAACCUUGGGGCAGCUGUGGCAAUGAUGUCAGGAGAAGAAUCUGUACAGGGAGUGGUUCGUUUCUUUCAAGUAUCUGAGGACACCUGUGUUAUUGAUGGGACACUUGAUGGCCUGAGUCCUGGCCUCCAUGGACUUCAUAUUCAUGAAUUUGGGGAUAAUUCUGUAGGCUGUGAAAGCUGUGGUGGGCAUUAUAAUCCUCAUGGCAAUAAUCAUGGAAGUCCUGGAGAGACAGACAGUCAUGUUGGAGAUUUGGGCAAUAUUUUAGCUAGUGAUGAUGGGAGAGCAGCAUUUAGACUUGAAAAUGAAAGGGUAAAGGUUUGGGAUGUUAUUGGACGUUCUUUAGUAGUAGAUGAAGGUGAAGAUGAUCUUGGACGUGGAAAUCAUCCUUUUUCUAAAAUUACAGGCAACUCAAGCAAUGGCUUGGCUUGUGGAAUUAUUGCCCGAUCUGCAGGUCUUUUUGAGAAUGCAAAGCAAAUUUGUUCAUGUGAUGGAGUGACUAUCUGGGAAGAAAGAGACCAUCCAGCUGCUGGACCAGGCCGAAAAAAACAGGACACAUACGCUCACCUGUGAAAAACAUAUGCCUUAAAAUGAUAGCUUGCAUUAUAUCAUUCACAAUCACUUUACAUCUACAAAUUGAUGGUUGAUGGGCACAAUUAAUAUGUUAAUUCAGG